AAUUAUUAAAUUUUAAAGGUUACACAUUUCUCGACCGGGAGUUUAAAAUUCAGGUUAAAAAAUAUUUAUUUAAGAAAUAAAUAUUUGGAGGACAAUGUACGAAUUUAAUAGUGAUUUAAGUCAAGGAAUGAGAUCCUUUAAGGAAUUGUUAUUGGUAACUCAAGAUGAUGAAGAAUUUGAGACAACAACUUCUGUUGAACAGGAAACUGUUGAAGAAAAUUGUCUGCAACUUUACAAAAUAGCUGAAGAUCCAAAAUUAAGUCGCGGACGUCAUAUAUCCUGGUUAAAAAAAUCAUUACAUAAAUUAUCUGAGGGUUACGAGUGUUUAGAUUGCAGUAGACCUUGGCUCUGUUACUGGUCACUACACGCAUUAAAUUUACUAGGUGAACAAUUAAAUGAAGAAGACAAUAUAAAAGUUAUUGAUUUUUUAUCUAAAUGCCAAGACCCAUUGGGAGGUUUUGGUGGUGGUCCUGGUCAAUUUCCACAUUUGGCUUCUACUUAUGCUGCGGUUUGUGCACUGUGUACCAUUAAAUCCAAGAAAGCUUAUGAUGCAAUCGAUAGAAAAUCAUUGGUGCGUUUCUUCCGUUCAUUGAAAUUUAAAGACGGAAGUUUUUCAAUGCACAGAGACGGCGAGCUAGACAUAAGAGGUGUUUACUGUGCGAUAGCAGUAGCUAAGCUGACAAAUGUCUACUCAGAAGAGCUUUUCAAGGGCACAGAUGACUGGAUUUCCAGGUGUCAAACCUGGGAAGGUGGCUUUGGAGGUUGUCCGGGUAUGGAAGCUCAUGGAGGAUACACUUACUGUGGACUUGCGUCGCUAGUUUUGAUGGGGAAGGUUGAUAAGUGUGACUUGUCCGCGUUGUUGAGAUGGCUGGUUAAUAAACAGAUGAAAUUAGAAGGAGGUUUUCAAGGACGUACUAAUAAAUUAGUGGAUGGCUGCUACUCAUUUUGGCAAGGUGCUUCAUUUCCUCUGAUAAAUGCGAUCCUAGCUAAAGAAAAAAAAUAUUUCAAUUCAAACAAUCACUGGCUCUUUGAUCAAAAAGCACUUCAAGAGUAUAUUCUUGUUUGCUGUCAAAAUCCUUAUGGUGGAUUUUUAGAUAAACCAAAAAAAAAUCGUGAUAUUUAUCAUACUUGCUACGUACUGAGUGGACUCUCGAUAGCCCAAAAUUCACCCACUCCGUCAAUACUCGGCCAACGGUACAUUAAUUUAGUCGAAUCAACUCAUCCACUUUACAACCUUGUGUCUUCAUGUGUCACCAAAGCCAUUAAUUACUUUGAAAUACUGCCAAUACCUGAUUAACAUUGAUGAAUAAUUAAAAUCAACUUAAAUUUUUAAAAAAUUCAAAUCAACUUGUUAAAAUUAUAGAUUAUUAAAAAAUCCUUACGAUGGACCAAGAAUUUAUGAGCAACAUUCAAAAUGCCAAUUAAAUUUUAAAUUUUCACUUUAAUGUACACUAAUUAU